AUGGAAGCAAACAAUCAUUUUAAUUUCACUGGCCUUCCCUCUUCACCUGCUGCCUCAGGACUGAAACCUGCUCCUUCCUCAGGGGACAAUGUCUACACAAAUGGAUCUCCUAUGAACUUCCCCCAACAAGGCAAAAGUUUAAAUGGAGACAUGAAUGUCAAUGGCUUAUCUACUGUAUCUCAUGCUAGUACUUCAGGGACCCGUUCCUCAAACAACUCUCACCUCCAUCAUCCCUAUGACUAUCUGUGGAAUUACUCCCAGUAUCCCUCUGGCAACGGCAACAAUCUCAAAGAUGGUCCGCUGUUCUCCCAGUAUCCAUUGAACGGUACCCUUGAGAACAAUCGGCAGAACUCACCUGGACAUAACACCAGUCUGAGGGGAAGCAGUGGGCAAGAGUUCUGGGCCAAUGGUACCCCAGGGACCAUGGGAUUAAAUUUUGACUCAGCAGAGCUCUACGACUCUUUCCCUGAUGAUCAGAACUUUGAAAUCCUACAAAAUGGCCCAACAAGCUUCUACACAUCAUCUCAGCCUUCUCCCAUGCUUGCUUCAGGGAAUCAGGACUUCUCACCACAGCAGGAUGAGCCAGGCAAUGAAGAGGCUGUGAAAGAACCACCAUCUACAGCUGCAGAAAAUGGCACCAGAUUGUUGGGCAGCAUGGAGCUGGAAAAUGCACAGCCAGAAUUGAAAAUAUGUGGCUACAAUGGUUCUUCUCCAGUUGUUGAGCCUCUUAGCCAAGAGGCCUCUGUCUUGGAACCUGAUGCUGGAGCUAGUUGCCUUGAAGAUGCUUCUCGGAUCCCUCCUCCUCUGGAAGACUCUUUGGAGCCUUUUGAGUCACUAGACAGAGACCCAGGGACAGGAGAUCUGUAUGAAAUGGAUACAUCUGAACUUGUGAGUGGCAAGUCUCCACUGGAGGAUCCUCCUGACAUUUCUGCCCUGGAUUGUCCUGGCAGUCCCUCUCUCAACCACUCUGACUCCUUCAGCCUAUUGGCAGAUGACAGUCAGCCUGAUACCUCUCUUUUUGGAAGUGCCAGUUUGCCUCCUGUUCUUGGAGAGUCUGUUUUGCAAGAGAGCAGCCUGGAGCUGACAGGUGUAAAUGAAGUAGGGCAAGAGGGCACAGAGUUUCUGGAUUCACAGGCGUCCCUUGAACCAGAAUCUCUAAAUGCCUCUUUGGAAGAGGCGGUCAGGAGCAGUGGUCCAGACAAUGCUAUAUCUGUAACAGACAGGGACAGCAAAGAAGCUUCACAGCUAAAUGUAUCUGCCAAAAGUGAUGUUCCAAGAAGGAGAAUAGCCACAGUAGAAGAGGUGUACUACCCCUUGAAACAUGGAUGGCGAAGGGAGGUGCGCAUCAAGAAAGGGAGCAACCGAUGGCAGGGAGAAACCUGGUACUAUGGACCCUGUGGCAAAAGGAUGAAGCAGUUUCCAGAGGUGAUCAAGUACCUGAGCAGAAAUGAUGGGCGGAACGUCCGCCGUGAACACUUCAGCUUCAGUCCUCGAAUGCCAGUGGGCGAUUUCUUUGAAGAGCGAGAUACAUCUGAGGGCUUGCAGUGGGUAAAGUUGUCACAUGAAGAAAUCCCUUCACGUAUCCAGGCCAUCACGGGAAAGCGCGGCCGCCCUCGAAAUACCGAGAAAAUCAAGGCCAAGGAAAUGCCCAAAGUGAAACGUGGACGGGGCCGACCUCCCAAAGUGAAAGUGCCUGACCUGCUGAGCAAGACGGACGUCAGAGUUUUGAAGAAGCUGGAAACCCAAGAGUUUCUGAGUGAUGAAGAUAAACUGAAGAUGACCAAGAUCAAGAAAAAAAUGAGACAAAAGGUACAAAAUAAGCAGAAGCAGGAAGCCAAGAUCACGAAGUCCAAGGAGACCAAGUCUAAGGAAGCAAAAAAGAAACCUAAGCCCCAAAUCAAGAAGGAGAAGAGCAAGCCAGAGAAGAGCAAACCAGAGAAGCCGAAUGAGAAAGUGAAAUUGAAAGAAAAACCCAAGGAAAAGCCCAAGGAAAAGCAAGCGGCGCCCUCAGGGAAGGUUCCCCGGAAGGCUGAUAAGAAUCUCCUGGCUCAGCGCCGUCAGGAAGAACGGCAGCGGCAGCAAAUGAUUUUGGAGGAAAUGAAAAAGCCCACUGAGGAUAUGUGUUUAGGAGACCACCAGCCUCUGCCAGAAUUUUCUCGCAUUCCUGGAUUGGUUUUGCCCAGCCAAGCCUUCUCAGAUUGCUUAGCCAUUGUGGAAUUCCUACAUAACUAUGGCAAAGUGCUGGGUUUUGAUGUAGCCAGGGAAAUUCCCAGUUUGAGUACCCUCCAAGAAGGCCUCUUCAAUGUAGGAGAUAGUUUGGGUGAAGUGUUGGAUCUUCUGGUAAAGCUGGUGAAAGUGGCCUUGUAUGACCCUGGCCUUCCUUCAUGCUGUCAGACUUUGAAGAUCCUUGGUGAAAAACUCACAGAAAUAAGCCUAAACCGUGACACCGUGUCUGAGGUAUUGCGCUGCUUCCUCAUAGCCUAUGGGGGAGACGAGAGCCUGUGUGACAGCUUGAGAACGAAACCCUUCCAGGCACUGCCUCCAGAUAAAAAGGCUGCCAUCCUGGCCUUCUUGGUGAAUGAGCUCAACAGCAGCACCCUUAUCAUCAAUGAAAUUGACAAGACUCUGGAGAGCAUGUCCAACCAUAGGAGAAACAAGUGGAUCAUUGAGGGGAAGUUACGCAGAUUAAAGAUUGCCCUAGCUAAGAAGACUGGGCGUCCUGAAUCGGAAAUCACCGGUUUGGAGGAAGGACGAUGGCGACGGAGCUCCCGCAUCAUCGAGGAAAAUGAGGACAAAGAAAUAGAAGAAGAGGAAAGAAGAAGGACAGGCAAAACCCGGAGAGAUAAUGAAAACGAAAGUUUGAUUUCCAGCGUGCCAGAGCUAGAGAGGCAAAUUGAAAAACUUUCCAAGCGCCAGAUGUUCUUUCGCAAAAAGCUGCUCCACUCCUCACAAUUGUUACGCGCAUCAUCACUUGGGCAAGAUCGAUAUCGACGGCGGUAUUGGGUCCUGCCCCACCUAGGUGGGAUCUUCAUAGAAGGCUGUGAGGCUUCAGAAGCAGUGUCCCUCCCAGUGUCCAAGAACUCAUUGGAAAAGGGAGAGGCUCUGAAAGAGGAAGAACACGAAGCACCAUCAAUCAAAAAGGAGAAUGCUGACACACCCUCAGAUCCUGAUUAUAUGAACUGCACAACUUCAAGGUCGUGGAGUUGGCCGUGGAGAGGCAACGUAGGCAUGUCACCGCCAGAGCAUCUGGAAUCCAAGUUGCCAGAGCCCACGCCCUUGUCUGUCAAUGGGUUUUUGGAAGAUCCAGUGUCCCUGGGCCAGUCUCAGCACGACCUCAGUCAGUCAGCCUUCCUAUCUUGGCUCAGCCAGACACAGCAGACCUCUUCAUUGUUUAACAGCUCUGUGCUCACCCCAGACAGUAGCCCUGGCAAAGGGGAUCAGUUACCCCCAGAUGAUCUGCCGGACUCUACAGCAGAUGAUGAAAGUAUCUCAGAAACACAGGUGACCUGGUUCAAUUUGCUGCCUAGGACAUCAUGUAAUGACUCUUCUCUUGCUCCUUCCACCGAGCGACCCUCUCGAACUUCACAGCUCUGCAAGCCAUCUACCAAGGACCAGUCAAAGACUUCAGCUCAGCAGCUGAAUGGCUAUUCCACCUCUAGCCCAGCAUUGCCACCACUGUCCUCUACUCCGUUGCAUUCCAGCUCCAGGGUCCACAGCACUUGCUCCAGAGCCAAGGAUAGUUCCAAAAAGAUGCUUGAACCUUUAGGGCAGCCGAGGCGAAGGGGGCGUCCCCCCACUAAACUUUUCAAACAAAUUGAGCAGAAAUACUUGACCCAGCUGACAGCACAGCCUAUACCUCCUGAGAUGCAGAGUGGCUGGUGGUGGUUGCAGGAUCCAAAAGAGCUGGAAGCUGUGGUGGAGGUACUACACCCACGAGGCAUCCGGGAAAAAGCCCUGCAGAAGCACCUUAGCAAGCACAAGGAUUACCUACGGGAUGUGUGUGCUCGAGCUGCCAAUGAUCCCAUCUUCAAGAUUCAUUCUGAGGUUGCCAGCCACCUGAUCUCUCAAGAAGCCCUGGUGCAGUGGUCCAUGUCUGAGCGUGCCUUUGAGACAGACCUAUCAGUGCUUCAGUGGGUGGAGGAGCUUGAGCAGCGGGUGCUAAUGGCUGAUCUGCAGAUUCGAGGUUGGACAAGCCCAGAUCCUGAUUCUGUUAGGAAAGACCUGCGGUACUGUGAACGUGAACUAGAACUCCUGGAAGACAUCACUGUAAAAAACAAGCGCGAGGGGCCUGUCCUGCAGCGUGACUCUAACAACCCUCUUGAUCUGGCGGUGCUCCAUCUUGCAGACCUGGAGCAGAACCUGGAACGGAGAUACCUCAGAGAACCCCUCUGGCCCCCGCAUGAGGUGGUGGUAGAAAAAGCUUUGCUGACUAACCCCAGUACCUUGGAGCAGGAUACCACAGAAAUCACAUACGAAAUCACACCACGGAUGCGAACGUGGCGCCAGACUUUGGAAAGAUGCCAUAGUGCAGCACAAGUCUCCUUGUGCAUCUACCAACUGGAGCUCUCUAUAGCAUGGGAGAAAUCGGUUGUCAGAGCGACUUGCCUUGUGUGCCGAAAAGGGGAUGAUGAUGAGAAUCUGCUGUUGUGUGAUAGCUGUGACCGCGGCUGCCAUCUCUAUUGCCAUCGACCCAAGAUGGCGGAGGUGCCAGAUGGGGAUUGGUUCUGCUCUCUCUGCAUCGCUCAGAUGCAAGGGGAAUAUCAAGAUGAGUAUGGCUCUCCACGGCGGGGUAAGAAGCGGAAAAGUGGUCCUUCCGGGCCUUUUGGGGGAAAGGAAGAGCUCAGCCUUCGAUCUCGGGCAGCCGCCGCAGCCGCCUCCCAACAACCUACUAUCCAGGCAAAUACAUCCCCUCGCUACUCAGGUGAAGGCCUCUCUCCCUCCAAACGAAGAAGAGUGUCUACCCGAGGCCAGAGCGCUGACCUGACUUUCUGCGAGAUCAUCUUGAUGGAGAUGGAGUCCCAUGAAGCUGCUUGGCCUUUCUUGGAGCCUGUUAACCCCCGGCUAGUGCCUGGCUACCGGAAGGUCAUCAAGAACCCCAUGGACUUUGCUACCAUGAGGGCCCAGUUGUUGCGUGGUGGAUACAGCAGUUGUGAGGAGUUUGCUGCUGAUGCUUUCCUGGUGUUUGACAACUGCCGGACCUUUAAUGAAGAUGAGUCGGAGGUGGGCAAGGCGGGGCUGGCUAUGCGCCAGUUUUUUGAGAGCCGGUGGGAGGAAUUUUAUCAGGGAAAACACGAGACAAACCCAUGAAGCUGGCAGAACGGGAAGAAGUGCAAGGAGCCAGAGGGGAAAGUGCCUCCCCUUUUACCCUGGGCUGCACACUUGUCUCUUCUGGAGCUCAUCUUGUUACCUGCUGAUUUAAUUUUUUCCCCCUCACAAUGACUGGACUUGGAUUGGCAUUUAACAUCACGCCUUGAUUCUCUUCACUCCAAGCAACACAAACUUUGACUGUAUAAGCCAAAUAAAAUAUAUAUCUCUCUCCUUUUUUCAAAAUGGAAAAAAAAAACCAACCACCCACAUCCCCACCUUAGCUGGGGCUAUUUAAUAAUAGCAAUAGUUCUUAGUGAAUGUGUAAGAACACUUUUUUUCUGUGCAGUGUCAGUACAAUACAUUAAUGGCCAGUAAUGUGGACGUUAAGUUUUCCUCCUUCUUAGAUUCUCAUUGAAAUGUAUAAAAUCAGAUCACUCCUGCCUCUAGGAAUGACAACCUUGACGAAACUAAAAUGUGCUGCUUCUUUUCCCCUUGCCCCUCCCAACUCUGCCUCACCCCUGCUUCUCCCCUUUCAGAAGAGCUUUUGUUUCUGUGGCCAACCUUUUCUUUCUAGCCUGAUUUCCUUUUCUACACCCGAGAGUAGAGUUUAGAGUUGGUAUGUGCAUUGGGAAAGGAAGUUGAGGGACUCUGUCCGUGAGGGUGCAGGGUGAGCUCCCUUUGAAAGUGCUUAGUCCUUCUAGUCAGACAAGAUGGCCCCCUUCGCUGGAGAGGUAUCCAAAUACGAGCCUCUGUGUGAAAAGUUAAGGGUGGGUGGGGUUAUAUUCCACCAUCAGAUUAAUUGCCAUCAGCUAUCACGUUUAAGCCCCAGUUGCUCAGGGUUACUGAGUUAUUCCAGAUUUUAUUUCUAAGGAAAUAAUGCAACAAAAUGGAAAUGACCCACAGCAGUUAUCCACUAAGCAGUCAGUAUCACCCAGAUUGUAUUUUUCUCUAGGUGUGCAAACGAUGAUUGACUCGGACUAAUCUUUGCACUCUUUCCCCUUCCAGAUCGCUCCACAGGGGCAAUCAAUGGUAAUUCCAUAGUAUUUUGGGAGGAGGUUCCUCUGUCUAAUGAUCAUACAGUUCAUUUCCCUUCCAAUAGCGGGCAGUAUGCUGGAAUGACUCACUGGGCUAUGAGGGACCAAAGUACGCAAGCUUGCAAGACUGGGGUGCUCCAAUCGGUAUCUUUAGAGGAACUGGCUUUUGGGUGCUUGAUGCUAGUUCUUCUGAAGAUCAUAUAAUGGGGACUCAGCCUUAUUUGAAUGUCCACAGCUCCCCCCAUCCAACUCUGCCCCUGCGUUAUUCCUCAGGGAUAGCUUCCGUCUACAAAGCUUGAUCUGCCAUCUCUGUGUAUGUGUGGCAGGACUGUUUGUUUCUUGCCUUGGCAUGUGACUACCAUAAUCCUAUUGUAAGGUUGCUUCCCUUAUGAGAAAGUUGUGAGAUUGUCUCCAUUGUAAUGGAAGGAAUACAAUCCUUUCAUUCUUCAGUAGCUAUUUGGACCUCAACAAGAUGAUAAGAGGAUUGUUACCGUUUUCUUCUGUUAGGUUUCUAUUUCCUGACCAUAUUUUAAUAUAUGUAAUCUAAAGCGCAGCCUCCUUUGAUUAUCAAAGCUGAGACUUAGCCUAAAUGCAGCUUUGGAUGUGAAGGCAAGUGAAGGCAAAGUCGAAAUCUUUGUAUUUCAUGAGGUGGGCUACAAGUUAUUGCUUCAUAUGUCUACACAGGAAGCACAAAAAUUGGAAAUAGAGCAGUGCUCAGCUGGACAUCUUUGUGUAAUAUCCAUAGCUGACUUGUUUAAAGAUCCAGAUCUGUUUAUACAUGUUUCCUUUUCUUUUUGGUCGACAUUUUCUAUAUAGUAUUUAAUUUAUACACAUACCACGUGUGAAUAGUUUAAUCUACUUUAUAUUUGAACGUAGUUCUGAAUGUUUUGAGAGGAGGAAGCAAAAUUCUGAUUUAGUCCAACCAUAAUAGUUUUCCUGCACAUCAUUUUUACCAGUUUGUCAUUUGGUCCUGUGCAUUUGAGUGUCUUGUCCUAGAGACUUGCCAGAUUGAAAUAGUGGUUGAAGCCAGUCUCCUCUUUAACUCAUUCCCUCCCUUGUUUAUCUCUUAUUGAAGCAAGAAGUAGAUUGUGGUCACAACAAAGGCUCCAUCUCCAUACCUGCCUGUGUAUGCAUAUGUGUCUAUACACACACAUGCAUGCCAGUGCAUUCACCAGUUGGCUGGUUGGUCCUUUAAAAGAAAAAGAAAAAAACUGUCCCCGAGAAGUUUUAUUGAACAAAAGAUAAGAUAAAUUGGCCAGUUCUUUUCAGUCCCAGUGUAACCUCUCUCAGUCAUUCCUUGAUGAUAGGUUAAGGCUUGUUUGCAACCUGUAUUCCAACGUGACCCAGGAGAUCCCAUUUCCCACCAUUGCUGAGAAUGUGAGAGUUGCCAGAGAACUUGUUCACUGGCCUGGCCUCCGUUCAGGAGCUGCAGACUGGGAGAAUCCCAUCGCCCAGGCACACUACAACGAGGGGCCUCUGCUGUUCGGCCCCUGGGCCAGUUCCUGCUCCCAGAAGCAGGGGGGCUAAGCAAGCCCUAUUCCAACGCACCCUCCAGAAGGUCUCGACGUCUGUUCAGAGGAAACAGCUUGGUUCUUCCAUUUUUCUUCCAUCUCUCUUGGUGGAUCAGAGGCGUAGAAAGCCACCCCCUGGAACCUUCCCUCCCUUGCUGCUUUCAUAUCCAGCCUGGCUCCUCAAACCAUUAUAAUUACGGGUAUCACUUGGGGCAGAUACUUGGCUGGCAGGGUCCUGCUAGGAGAUGGCUUUCUCCCCGAUAUCCAUCUGUGCUACAUCGGAGUGACGUAAGGGUGUGUGUGUGUGUGUGUGUGAUUGUGCGUGCACAUGUGUGGGUGUUUUCUCCUUAAUCCGCGUCAACCAAUCCAAUUGCAAGAGCACUGAUGUAAGUAAAAUGUAACCACAGGUGAUAUAACCUGCAGACGGAAACCUCCCUUAACUGUGCUUCCUCCACCCCAACCUCACUUUCCUUCCCAAAUUGUUUUCCACAAAACGUAGUAGCCUUUUUAUAUCAAAUAAACCUCAAUCUUUAUUUUAUUUUAAAUUUGGGGAUUUUUGUUUUGUUUUGUUUUUUGGCUUUUAAAAUAAAGAGGUAGAGUUGAAGUCUAUUUGAAACUGACUUUAUAUUAUGCAUAAAUAUUUAUAUUUUAUCUAAGCGUGCUGUAACAAAACUUCUUUUGGUGGGUUUUUAGUAGUAUUUUUUUCUGGAACAUUUGGGUUUUUUUUUUUUUUCAUCAGUCAUGAGAAAACUAGAGUUGGAGAUGUUAAUUUUUGGUUUUUAAUUUAGAGUUUCAUGGUUUUGCUUUUGGGGUUUCUUUUUUUGUUAUAGAAACAUUCGAUUUUUGGAUUCAAAGCCUCACACAUCUUAAGAAGAAAGAAUCCAGGUUUGACCUAAUCUUGAUCUUCAUUAAGGGAUACGGUCAUUUCAAUCAGUUUAUUAAAAAAAAAACAUGUUUAUUGAAAGUUACAUGGAUUUUGGAAUUUAAUUUAAGAAUUGCAACUAGAAUUGGCCUUAUCAUUCACCACUGGCUUUUUCUUCCCCUUUCAUCUUAAUUUGGUAUCGGAAAGGAACCAACUAACCCAUCAUCCUGUGAGAUGUUCUGAACAGCAGGAAGGGGAGGGGGGAAAUCAAAACUUUUUUAUAUGAAAUAACCAAAUGUGUUUGUUUUAGUGAAUUUUUGAUAAUGUACAGUUUUUUGUGAAUUUAAAUUGAUUUCUUUCUAUAUUUUUAGGACCAACCUCAUUUUUAAUAAGGUUUAAAAGGAAGAAAAAAAAAGUCUAGAAUUCUUGUUUGUUUCCUUGUGAUGUUUCCACAAGUACAGAUGUUAGAGUGCUUGUCAAGUUUCAAAGAAUAAACAAAAACAACCCAUGUUUGAUAGAGAAGAAA